GUUAUAAUGUGCUAAAAAAUACCCUUUGUAUUGUUUUAUAUCAAAACCAUACCUGUCCUUUUUGCAAUUUGGGUGAUGACCAUAGUUUUUGAGAUUCUUCCAUGUGUUAUACUGAUACUCUGCUUUGUAUCAGUGAUAUUUCACGUACGCAGACAUGAUCGGUCAACACGCACCCUAGCAAAACAGUUACGUUUUAACCAUCAGGUGUCUUUUAAAACUCAUCACGAGAAGUCUGCAGUAAUAAUGAUGGGUCUUGUGAUAGGAGUGUUUCUUGUUUGCUAUGGGAUGUAUCUGCGUUGUAGUUUUCUAAUACUAUCCCAGACUAGCACUACGAUAACCUCAUCGCCAUGCCAUGAUCAAGACUACAAAAUUCCUCUCUUGGUUUUAAACUCGGCCAUUAACCCGCUGGCUUAUGCCUUUUUAAAAAGAGACAUAAAGAAAGAGUUUAGAAGACUUAUCGGUCAGGUGGUUUUUAAGAAAAGUAACCAAGGAGAGCCUUCCACUGAUCGUUAGAUCAUUUUUGAAGGACAGAAAUCUUAUUAUUAGUUGGCAGAGCUGCCUUUGAUAGCGGAUUGUGUCAGGCAUCGCGGGCGGCAGUUUUGGAGCCCGCAAAUCCCUGGAGGUUUGUCUCAAAUCAUAGUUUGGAAACACUGGUGUUUAAGGAGGGUACAAGAACCAAAGUACGAUAAGAAUACAAUCCAGUAUAAGUCAGGUGCUUUCUUGAAACGAUUCCGAGGUAUAUAUAUAAAAAAAGACUUGUUGCCGCUGUAUUUUAAAGAAAAUACAUCAAUUUUAACUAAACCCUACCACAGGACGCGUGACUCAAUUUUGGAGGAUGUAGGACUUAAAAGACGCUGAAAGGCUUGAGAAGAGACUGCCAGAUGGAUCUGUGACUCUUGACUGAAAGCGAAUUG